AUGGAAAAUUUCAUUGCUACCCAAGCUCAACAAAAUAAGGAUUUCCUUAACCAAAAUGUUCACACCGGUGAACAAUUGAAGCAACUAGCAACUAAGGUAGAUGCCCUAGCAACCCAUAAUAAGAUGUUAGAAACUCAGAUUGCUCAAGUGGCCCAACAACAAGCAACUACUUCCGCACCUGCUGGAUCAUUUCCUGGUCAACCACAACCUAAUCCUAAAGGGCACGCUAAUGCCAUAAUACUACGAAGUGGAACUGAGCUAGAUGGACCAAUCGAUCCAAGGCUUCAGAACCCAACCAUGUAUCAGAAACCUGAUAAAGCGACUGAAAAACCAAGAGAACAACUUGAAACUGAAAAGGAGGAUGAGAAUGAAGAGGCAUCUAAAAAAGAGAAACCUUACGUGCCUCCCCCGCCAUAUAAACCACCGAUUCCAUAUCCUCAAAGACUUGCUAAGUCUAAGAAUGAGGGACAAUUUAAGAAAUUUGUAGAGCUUCUGAAACAACUAAAUGUUACCAUUCCUUUUACAGAAGCUAUUACCCAAAUGCCCUCAUAUGCUAAGUUCUUAAAGGAGAUCUUGUCCAAUAAGAAGAAGAUAGUAGAAAAUGAAACUGUUACACUAACUGCUGAGUACAAAGCCUUAUGUGAUUUAGGAGCCAGUGUUAGUUUAAUGCCUUUAUCCAUUUGUGAAAAACUCAAACUAGGUGAAUUGAGACCGACAAGGAUGUCUUUGCAAUUAGCUGAUCGAUCUGUUAAAUUUCCCGUAGGAAUGCUCGAAAAUGUACCUGUUCGCAUAGGACAAGUCUAUAUCCCCACUGAUUUCAUCAUAAUGGACAUUAAAGAAGACUCUAAUAUCCCUAUUAUACUAGGAAGGCCAUUCUUAGCAACUGCUGGUGCCAUUAUAGACGUGAAGAAAGGAAAGCUAACAUUUGAGGUCGGAGAAGAAAAAGUAUAG